AUGGGAGAAGGAACUACUGUCCCUGGGUCACUGGGUAGUUCUAGUCAAAACGAAAAAUCUAUAAGCCAACCAAUGAUUAAGCACAAGCAGAAAGACGAUACAAUCACACUCGGUGAAAGUAUUUUAUCACUUAUUAUGCUGGUAGUACGGCAUAAAAUAAGUCAUGUUUUAUUGGCAGACAUUAUUAGAAUAAUUCGCUGUUUUUGUCCAACUCCUAAUAUUUUCCCCAAGACUUUGUACAAGUUCCAAAAAUUUUUUUGUAAUUUUGAUCUGCCCACAAAGCGUCACUAUUACUGUUCUGUUUGUUUUUCAAAAUUAAACAACUCGAUGGAUACUUGUAAGCAAUGUCCGGACGCAGAGCAAUGCUACUUCAUAGAACUUCCUUUAGUUCCUCAAUUAUUGCGUUUAUUUCAUCGUGACGGUUUCUUUAAUUUAUUAAACGCUCGAUUUGAUAGGCAACAUGAUUUUCCUGGCACGAAAGAUGAUAUUUGGGAUGGUGAAAUUUAUAAAUCUCUAAGUGGUCCAAACGGAUUUCUAUCAAACCGAAAUAACAUCUCCUUCACGUGGAACACUGAUGGAAUUGACCUUUAUAAAUCUUCAAAGUUCAGUAUAUGGCCAUUCUACUUAACGAUUAAUGAGUUACCGUUCUCUUUGAGAUCACAGCUGAAAAAUACUUUGAUUUGCGGAUUUUGGUUUGGAUCGAUUAAACCAAUAGCUAAUGUUUUUAUGAAUUCAUUUCGUCAAAUCAUUGAAAAAAUAUUUAAAGGCAUUUUUAUUAGACUUCCGAAUCGUGCGAACUUAGUGAAAGUUAGGGGGCUCAUUAUUUGUGGAACCUGUGAUUUACCAGCGAAAGCAUGUUUUUUAAAUAUGAAAGCGCACAACGCAAUAUACGGUUGCUGUAAAUGUAAAAUUCAAAGUCAACAAGAAGGUAAUACUCGAGUUUUUCCUUACACCGAACAACUAGAUUUGAGGACUAGUGAAGAAACCAUUCGACAAGGGGAAGAAGCAUAUGAAACUGAUGACGCGAUUGAAGGACAAAUUAAAAACAUCAGCCCACCUUCUUUCACCCAUCGUUUACCUCGAUCAGUAUCAGAUUAUAAAUAUUGGAAAGUGUCAGAGUUGCAAUACUGGCUUUUAUAUUACUCCCUAAUUGUGUUAUAUCCAUUUAUGCCGACAAGUUAUUAUGAACAUCACAAGUUAUUAGUUAAAUCUAUAACUUUAUUAAGUCUACAGAGUGUAUCCGAAUUAAUGAUUGAUGAAGCAUCUACUUGUAUAGAACAAUAUGUCAAAAGAUUUGAAGAUUUAUAUGGACUAUCUCAUAUGACAUGUAAUCUACAUCAGCUUCGUCAUUUACCCGAUGCAGUUCGUAAAUUCGGACCUCUACGGACAACUUCAUGUUUCCAAUUCGAAAAUCUCAAUGGCGUUUUGAAAGGAUUAAUAAACGGAACUCGAUACGCGCAAUUACAAAUAAGAGUAACGUGGAGACCUUCUGAAACAACCAAAGUAACUUCAAAAUUUAUUGUCGUUACCUGCACUUUAGAUGCGCCGGCUCGUGCAGCAGUGGUUCGCAUAAAAAAUUUUAAUGGUUACUUUGGCUGUACAUUUUGUUAUGCGGAAGGUGAAAGUUUGUCACGAGGAAAAUUCAUCUAUCCAUUUAGUCAGUCUUAUGGCAAAUUAAGAACUGACAAUGCAGCUUUCCUAGGAGCUGCAAAAUUACAUAUAACAAUUCUGUUAACGACAACAAAAGCUUCCUAUUAUAUUGGACACCCCGAUGUGAUAAAAAUAAUUGAUAAAAUAUUAUUAUCUAUAAAACCUCCUUCUCGUCGAGCUCGAACUCCUAGAAGUAUUAAUUCUUACGCGCAAUGGAAAGCUUCCGAAUGGCGGAACUGGUUGGACUAUGCUCCAGCAUGUUUAAAACCUGUUUUAGAGGAAAAAUACGUUAAUCAUUUGGCCCUUUUUUCAGAAGCUAUGCAUUACUUGAAUAGUGAUUCAAUAACGUUAUCAGAACUGGAUCGUGCGUCAAUGUUAUUGAAGGAAUAUUUCAAGUUAUUUGAAGAGUUCUUUGGUACUGAAAAAAUGACAUCGAAUAUCCAUUCAUUAACUCAUCUUGCUCGAUGUGUAAUGAACUGGGAUUUCUCAACACCAGCAUUUGACAAGUCUAUCGCUUCUGAAACAAGGGACUACAUUGUUAAAAAACUUAAAGUUGUCGAUGAAACUGUAGAAAUAGGAUUCGCUGAUAAAUUUGUUUUGAAAGAAAAACCUACGAUUCGAUCUUUAACUGAAGGCGAGCGCAUUGUUCUAUGUGCAGCUGGUUACACACCAGAAAAAAUCAAUAUUUAUGGACAUAUGCGAUUGAAUGGAAUCAAAUUUAGUAGCGUAAAUCCUCAACUCCAAACCAAAGUUUCGAACUCGUUUGCAUUCAAUGAGCGUUUGAUUGCUCAGAAUUUUUCACAUGCUUGCUAUGGAUUUGAUACUCAAUUUAUUCAUGAAGUUGAUAAAAAUCAUACCAACUUCAUUCAAGAAACCUCUAGAAUAAGACCAGCGAUAAAAAUAACAACCAUCGGAGCAACAUAUGCAAUCAAACUUGCAAACUGUUGGGAAACAGAUUGA